AUGUCACCUCGGAGGCUCGGCAGUGUGCCACAGCCGCCUCAAUCACCAGGAGCUGGUCCCUCCCGAUCACCUUCCCUGGUGUCUGACGCCUCCCACGCCUCUCAAAGGUCAUCGGCGAAAGGCAAGAAUGCUGAGGUCGACGGCGAAGCAGUUAGUGUCGACUCCCCCGGCGGGUUAUCUCCGGGACGCGCCUCAAGCCCGGAGAAGGAUGUAGUGAAAGAACCAUCUGAACGGGCCAACGGUGGCGGUGCGGACGACUCGGGCGACGACUUGGACGGCGACGACUCGAGCUUGGAGGACGGAAGCUCCGAAGGCGACAGUGAGAAUGGACAUCCAGAUUUGCACACUGUUGGGAAUGGGGGCGCAAAUGUGGACGACAAGCGGGACAGGGAAUAUGGGGAAGCAGAGAAGGCUGUGUCUACUGCUGGUUCCGACGAGGAAGGAGAGAGCAGCGAUGGGGAAUCAGAGUCCGACGAGUCCGACGAUGAUGACGAUGGAGAAGAAGAGGAGCCAGUUCUCAAGUACACGCGCAUCAAGAACCGAAUACCCGAGAUUCUGGGGAAAGACAGCGCGACCGCCAUUGAUGUGUCUCCUCGCGUAGUGGCGAUCGGAACGAUGAUGGGCAUGGUACAUGUGCUUAGCUAUGAGGGUGCCAAGAUCAACUCGUUCCGACCCCACGCCGCAAACGUCACGUCCAUCUGCCUCGACGAGGAGAACGAUUUUGUUGCCACUGCGAGCAUGGAAGGCCGCGUCGUCAUCCACUCGCUCACCAGCACCGAGUCGUACGCGUUCGACUACAAGCGCCCGAUGAACGCGAUUGCGCUCGAACCAGGGUUUGCCAAGAAGAGCACUCGCGCGUUCGUGUGCGGUGGCAUGUUAGGCAAUCUCAUCUGGCAGGAGAAGGGCUGGCUCGGGUAUCGCGAGCAUGUCCUGCACUCUGGCGAGGGCCCGAUCUGGGCCAUCGCAUGGCGCGGCGACCUCAUCGCGUGGGCGAACGACCUCGGGGUCAAGAUCUACGACCGCACUUCUGGGCAGCGCAUCGGCUUUGUUGACCGAGGGACCAACGCGCCAAGGGCAGAGUUGUUCAAGUGCAACCUUCUCUGGAAGGACGACCGGACACUCAUCAUCGGCUGGGCCAACUACGUCAAGGUCGUGCGCGUUCGCGCGCGAGCCCGAGGAGGGCAGGCGGGGCUCCCUGGACUUGGUAUCGAGGUGUCUGCUGUGUGGGAGAUGGACUGUAUGGUCGCCGGCAUCGAGCAGUAUCAGGAUUCGGGAUACGUCGUCCUUGGCUACAACCCACCAGAUACAUUCACCAACGAGGCGACCGAGGACCGCGCACAGCAGCGACGCAAGGCGGCCAACCCACCAGAACUACGCAUCAUCGACCGGGGGAACGAGAUUGCUGCCGACGAGCUCGUCGUUGCCAACUACGAGCGGUACAGCUGCAACGACUACAGGAUUGUCAAGUCGAAGCGUUCUGACGACACGGACGUCUUUUUGGUACUUACUCCAUCCGACCUCGUGUCCGUGAGACAGCGUGAUGCCGCAGACCACGUCGACUGGCUUGUCGAGCGCGAACGAUACGAGGAGGCUCUCACGGCUGCCGAAGAGCUGGCCGAGAAGCACGGCGGCGCGCUGGAUGUGCAGGCCAUUGGACUCAAGUACAUCCAUCAUCUGGUCAACCAAGGCGAUUUCGAACGAGCCGCGCAGCUGGCGCCGAAGGUGUUAGAGACGGACGGCGCGUUAUGGGAGAAGUGGAUCUACUCGUUCGUGCAGCAGCAAAGGUUACCGAGUAUCAUUCCCUAUAUCCCCACCAAGGAUCCUCAACUGCGAAGCGGAGUGUACGAGAUGGUUCUCGGGCACCUUCUCGUCGAGGACAAGCCUACGCUCUUGGAGAUGGUCAAGACGUGGGCGGUGGACAUCUAUGACAGUGGGAAUGUCAUAUCGGCAGUGCAGAGCGAGCUUAAUGCGUCGAAGAACGACCCCGUUCUUCUCGAGGUGCUAGCAGAGCUUCACCUUAGGCGGGGGCAGCCCGCUCGCGCGUUACCGUAUUUCCUGCGACUGCGCAAGCCCGGCGUGUUCGAUCUCAUCCGCGAGCACAACCUGUUUGAUGCGGUGCAGGAGCAGGCCCUGCUGCUUGUUGAGUUUGACCAGGAGCGCAUAAAGGAGGAUGACUUGAACAAAGAAGACAAGCACGGCGCGGCCAUCCAACUGCUCGUUGACCACACACUCGCCAUUCCAGUGGAACGGGUCGUGCCGCAACUCGAGGCCAAGCCGCAGUACCUGUACAUGUACCUGGACGCGCUGUUCGACAAGGACCCACAGUCGUGCCAGCAGUACGCGGACCGCAUGGUUGAUUUAUACGCCACGUUUGACCACAUGCGACUGAUGCCGUUCCUCCGCGCAAGCAACUUUUACGACCUGCAGCGCGCGCUUCGCGUCACUGAGAAGCGCGACUACGUGCGCGAGACGGUGUUCCUCCUCGGGCGGAUGGGUGACAACCUGAAGGCGCUCAAGCUGAUUAUUGAGCGGCUUGGCGACGUUCAGCUGGCGAUCGACUUUGCUGAGGAGCAGCGGGACGACGACCUUUGGGAAGCGCUCAUCACGCACUCGGAGACGCGGCCGGACUUUAUCCGGGCGUUGCUCGAGCAUGGCGGCAGCGAUAUCAAGCCUGUGAGGCUGAUCCAGCGCAUCCAGGAGGGCCUCGAGAUCCCGGGUCUCAAGCCUGCGUUAGUCAAGGUCCUCCAGGCGUCCAACCUGCAGAUUUCGCUGUUGAAGGGUUGCCAGAGAAUCCUUAACGGCGAUUGUUCUGCGCUUGCCCUGGAACUGCAAGCCGCACAGACUGGCGGCGCGCACGCGAAUGGUGAGCUUGUGUUUGUUUGUAAGCUGACCUCUGCGAACACCAACUGCCCGGUCUGCGGCAAGUUGCUCUUCCCUCAUGUGGAUUCGGCGUCUCAGCCGCUUGUGCUUCUUUAUCUGUGCCACCACUUUGUGCACGCGAGGUGCGCUGUGCUUGACGAGGAGAUUGAGUUGCCCGAGCGUCCGGAGAAUGCGGCAGCGACGCACCUCCUGAUGGCCGACAAGCACGUUGCGGGAAGCAAGGCUGGGCUGUCGCGGGCUCUUGGGGCCAAGCUCUCAUUCGCUGCCAUGGUGCGGACGCGGGUAGGGUCGUGCCCUGUGUGCAAGUUCCAGAAGGGAGACGGAUCGACGGUGGCAGCCUGCCGGGAACGAGGGGCGGCGGUGGCCGUUGCUGCGUAG